AUGGCAUUCCUUGUGGAUAUGCUGGAUAAUUGCAGUCAUGAGGAGUUGGAAAAUUCUGCUGAAGAUUACAUGUCAGAUCUAAGGUGUGGGGACCCUGAAAAUCCUGAAUGUUUUUCUCUUCUCAAUAUUAUGAUUCCUAUUAGCCUGUCAGAUGUAGGCUUUGUACCUCUCUGUGGUGGAGAUCAGACCCAGAAAGUUCUUGCUCUUUUUGCACCUGAGGACUCACUCACAGCUGUGGCACUUUAUCUUGCUGAUCAGUGGUGGGCUAUUGAUGAUAUUGUGAAAACAUCUGUCCCUUCUAGAGAGGGGCUUACAGGAAGUAUAUGUGCCUCCUUUCUUACCCAGAGCUACCAACUGCCAGUUCUUGAUACAAUGUUUGUAAGAAAGAAAUAUCGAGGCAAAGACCUUGGGCUUCAUACGCUGGAGGACUUCGUUGAUUCCUUUACCAAAGAUGCACUUGGCUUGCGGUAUCCACUGACUUCACUCGUGUAUAUAGCUUGCAACCAGUACUUUGAAAAAUACCCAGGAGACCAUGAACUGCUUUGGGAAGUUGAAGGUGUUGGACACUGGUACCAGAGAAUACCAAUCACCAGAGCAUUACAAAGAGAAACACUUAAAAUAGUUUCUCAAAAUGAAGAUAAAAGACCUAUGUCUGGAGAAUAUGGUCUUGCAUCUGUUCCAGAAUAUGAAACAGGAGCUGAAGACAGUCAGUCUAGUGAGAUGCAGCUAACUAUUGAUUCUCUAAAAGAUGCCUUUACAAGCACUUCUGAAGGUCAUGAUAAAACACCUGUUUCCACUCGUACUCGAAGUAGUCAUCUAAAGUGGCCAAAGAUUGGAAAGCGGUUUCAGGAUUCUGAAUUUAGUAGUUCUCAAUGGGAAGAUGAAAAGACUCCCCAGACUUCACCUACAGCUUCAGUGAACAAAUUGGAGUCCACUGCAAGGACAUCAGAGAGCUCAGAAGAAUUCUUGGAAGAAGAACCUGAACAGAGUGUGAUUGAAUUUGAGGAUGAAAGUAGUGAUAAAGAUGUUCGACCAGCACCAGAAACCCAGCCAGGCCUGGCAAAGCAAGAAGGUGAAAAGGAAUCUGAAUUAGAGCCUAUGAAUGGUGAGAUACUGGAUGAUACUCUUAAGACUUCACUUAUAACAGAAGAGGAGGACUCCAUUAGUGAAGCUUUAGAUGAAGAAUUAAAAUGGCAGUCUUUUAAUUCCACUGAAGACUCUACGAAUCUUAUUCCACUGGUGGUAGAAUCUUCAAAAUCUCCUGAGGCUUUUGCACAGGAUAAAACUUCACAUGUAACUGACUCAGAAAUGUUGCUAGAUGAAGGCCCAUCUGAUGACAAGGGGCACACCGAAGAGAAGCUGCCUCUAGUUUCAAGGAAGAAAGCACAUUUGGGGAGUUCAGACAGUAUGGCUACUAUCCCAAAUGAAGAACGGUCUGACAGUGGUUUUCCAAACUCUGUGAUAGCUGAAUUUUCUGAAGAAUCGAUUCCUGAAAAUGUAUCACCCAACACUACUGCUUCAUUGGAAGACCAGGGUGAGGAGGGGGUAGCCGAGCCCCAAGAAACACCUACAGCUCUUCCUCAGAGCUCUUUGAUAGAGGUUGAACUUGAAGAUGUGCUGUUUUCACAGAAUGCAGGACAGAAGAACCAGUCAGAGGAGCAGUCUGAAGCGUCUUCUGAACAACUAGAUCAGUUGACUCAGUCAACAGAGAAGACUGUGGAUAGCAGCUCAGAGGAGAUAGACGUGGAAGUGCCUGUGGUUGACAGGAGGAAUUUAAGAAGAAAGGCCAAAGGGCACAAAGGACCUGCGAAGAAGAAAGCCAAACUGACCUGA